AUGGCUGAGAUCCGCCGAAAGUUGGUCAUCGUCGGUGACGGUGCCUGCGGUAAAACUUGUUUGUUGAUUGUCUUCUCUAAGGGCACCUUCCCCGAGGUCUACGUCCCCACCGUCUUCGAGAACUACGUCGCCGACGUUGAGGUCGAUGGCAAGCACGUCGAGCUAGCUCUUUGGGAUACGGCUGGUCAAGAGGAUUACGACCGUCUCCGACCUCUCUCAUACCCCGACUCCCACGUCAUUCUCAUCUGCUUCGCCGUUGACUCGCCCGACUCGCUUGACAACGUUCAGGAGAAGUGGAUCUCCGAGGUUCUGCACUUCUGCCAGGGUCUCCCCAUCAUCUUGGUUGGUUGCAAGAAGGAUCUGCGACACGACAACAAGACCAUCGAGGAGCUUCGCAAGACCAGCCAGAAGCCCGUUUCUCCCGAGGAGGGUGAGGAGGUCCGCAAGAAGAUUGGCGCCUACAAGUACCUUGAGUGCUCGGCCAAGACCAACGAGGGUGUCCGGGAGGUGUUUGAGCACGCUACGCGCGCUGCUCUUCUGUCCCGCAGCUCCAAGAAGGGCCACAAGGGCAAGUGCAUGAUCCUAUAA